AUGAUUUUAGCCAUGAUUUUCCUCUCGAAGAAUACCCAUCUAAAGGAAGAUCUCACAUUUGACCACAUAAAACCUCGACUACUCGGCCAUUGGGGAACAUGUCCCGGUUUGAUUCUAGUGUACUCUCACCUCAACUAUCUGAUUCGGCAGAGGAACCUAGACAUGCUCUACGUUGUCGGACCAGGACACGGUGCACCGGCUCUUCUAGCCGCAUUGUGGUUGGAAGGCUCCCUGGAGAGAUUCUAUCCUCAAUAUUCACGCGAUAAUCAAGGCCUGCAUAACCUCAUUUCCACAUUCAGUACACCCUCUGGGUUCCCCAGCCACAUCAACGCUGAAACUCCCGGCGCUAUCCACGAGGGUGGAGAGCUUGGCUAUGCCCUCGCUGUAUCUUUUGGUGCAGUCAUGGAUAAGCCCGAUCUGAUAGUUCCAUGCAUAGUGGGUGACGGAGAGGCUGAGACUGGCCCGACUGCUACGUCCUGGCAUGCAAUCAAAUAUAUCGAUCCGAAGGAGUCAGGUGCAGUCCUGCCGAUAUUGCAUGUGAAUGGUUUCAAAAUCAGCGAGCGCACCAUUUCUGGAUGCAUGGACAACAAGGAACUCGUGGCACUGUUCAGUGGAUAUGGAUACCAAGUCCGAUUUGUGGAAGAUAUCAACGACAUAGAUACAGAUCUUCACUACUCCAUGGUAUGGGCUGUCGAGGAGAUUCACAAAAUCCAAAAGGCUGCUCGUUCUGGAAAGCCUAUCCUUAAGCCAAGGUGGCCGAUGUUGAUCCUACGGACUCCCAAGGGCUGGUCUGGACCAAAGAAACUUCAUGGCGAGUUUAUAGAAGGCUCUUUCCAUUCGCAUCAGGUCCCUUUGCCGAAAGCAAAGUCUGACAAGGAAGAGCUUGGUCUCUUGCAGAAGUGGUUAUCCGAUUACAAGCCACAGGAGCUGUUUACCUCAACCGGCGAUGUCGUUGACGCUAUCAAAUCAGUGAUUCCUACUGAUGAUACCAAAAAGCUCGGCCAGCGCAUUGAGGGAUAUAAUGGCUAUGUUGCCCCGAACCUGCCAGAUUGGAAGCCUUUCUGUGCGCAGAAAGGCUCGCACGAAAGUGCCAUGAAAUCAAUUGGCAGUCUCAUUAAUCAGACGUUUAUCGACAACCCGAGCACCGUGCGACUUUUCUCUCCUGAUGAGUUGGAGAGUAACAAGCUUGAUGCAGUCUUCGAUUCGACGAAUCGGAAUUUCCAGUGGGAUGAAUUUGCCAACGCACGCGGUGGCCGUGUGAUUGAGGUCCUGAGUGAACACAUGUGUCAAGGAUUCCUGCAGGGCUAUACCUUGACUGGACGGAUUGGGAUCUUCCCAUCCUACGAAAGCUUCCUUGGCAUUAUUCAUACCAUGAUGGUGCAAUAUUCGAAGUUCAUCAAGAUGGCCCUGGAAACAAAAUGGCACUCGGGAGUCAGCAGUAUCAACUACAUCGAGACAAGCACCUGGACACGACAGGAGCACAAUGGCUUCUCCCACCAGAACCCGUCUUUCAUCGGCUCUGUAUUGAAGCUGAAGCCCACCGCAGCUCGUGUGUAUCUGCCACCAGACGCGAACACAUUCUUGACUACCGUGCAUCAUUGCCUUGGCUCGAAGAACUACAUCAACUUGAUGGUUGGCUCCAAGCAGCCAACACCUGUAUAUCUGAGCCCCGAAGAAGCCGAGAACCACUGCCGCGCUGGAGCAUCGAUUUGGAAGUUCUGCAGCACGGAUAACGGAACCAACCCGGAUGUUGUACUGGUUGGCAUCGGUGUCGAGUUAAUGUUUGAAGUAAUUGCCGCAGCAGAACUUCUGCGUCAACUGGCCCCAGAGCUCCGAGUCUGUGUGGUCAACGUGACUGAUUUGAUGAUCCUCGAGAACGAGGGCUUGCAUCCACACGCCCUAUCCACUGAAGCGUUCGAUACUCUCUUCACCCCGGACAAGCCCAUCCACUUCAACUACCACGGCUACCCUACCGAGCUUCAAGGCUUGCUUUUCGGACGCCCGCGUCUUGAACGGGUCUCUGUGGCGGGCUACAUUGAAGAGGGCAGUACCACCACACCUUUCGACAUGAUGCUCGUCAACCGCGUUUCGCGUUAUCAUGUUGCCCAGCAGGCCCUUCGCGGUGCCGCAAAGGUGAAUGAAAAGGUUCGAGUCCGUCAGCAGGAGCUGAAUUCCGAGCUUGAAAACCGAAUUGUUGGAGCCCGGAAGUUUAUCUUGCAGAACCAUACCGGUAAGAGAGUGCCAUGA